AUGUCCCUCCCCCAGACCUCGACAAUGAAGCAACCACCGACCCAGUCCUCCAUCAAAUCCUUCUUCCAACCCCGUCAACAACCCUCCUACGCUCCCCCACCGCUGUCGUCAAAGUACGCCCCCGCGCCAUCAUCGACGGGAACAGCAGCAGCUGCCCCUCCUCCCACGACCAAAACCCCAAUUCCAACGGCAUCGACAUCACCUCCCCCUCCAAAAACCACAACGACGACAACGACGACGACGACGUCGUCACCACCGCGACCGACAAUAGCGACGCCACCAACAUCACAACCACCAGCCUCGACGCCCCUCCACCCAAACGCCUCGAUCCGCCCCAUAUCAGACCAAGACCUACAACCCUUCCGCCGCAUAAACUCCCUCCUCCUCCCAGUCGCCUACCCAGAAACCUUUUACGCCGCAGCCCUCACGGGCCCAUUUUCCCGCGUCCUCACCUGGCGCGAACAGCCCAUCACCAACUUCUCCCAGGAAAUCGUCGUCGGCGGCGUAGUAGCCCGCAUCGAACCCUCCCCUUUUCCCUCCGCAACCCCGACGCCAACCCGCCUCGAACACGCCCUCUACAUCCAGUCCCUCGCCCUCCUCUCCCCCUAUCGCUCCCACGGCCUCGCCACCGCCGUCGUAGACCACCUCGUCGCCGCCGCCGCAAACUCAUCCCCGGACAUUAAUCUCCGCCACAUCUAUGCCCACGUCUGGACCGACAACGAGGAAGGGAUGCGCUGGUACGCCGCCCGCGGCUUCGAGCGCUACGGCGAGCCGCUACAGGGGUACUACAUCAAGCUUCGCCCGGACUCGGCCUGGAUCGUCCGCCGUUCCGUCGGUCCCUUAUCCAUCGGCAGCGGCUCGUCGUCCGAGAGAGCUACGGCACCUCCUAUGCCGGGUCCCACCGCCGCCGUUGCGAACCUACCGCCCAUGAACGGAGGCAGCAGCGGUCCCCCUCCGUCGCUGUCGAGAACAAUCUCGGGUCAAUCCUUCCAGAACCGCCGCGCUGCGACAGAGUGGAAUGACCUCCCUGAUGAGAUGGCAUCGGCCAAGCUCGCCCCGCCCCUGAGCAACGGCGGCUCGGGCACGAGUUCUAGGAGCAGCUCGAAGGCAAGGAAGAAGAAGGAUAGGUCCUACCCGGCGGCGGCAUUUCAGGGCUAG